ACUGCUGAUCCAAUCACAAGGUGUUCCUGGCACCCACGAGGGCCCGAGUUGGGGCAGGCAGAUCUGGGUUCUGCAGUGGGAAUGCUCAGCGCAGCGCAGCGAGAGAACACGCUCCGGGGCAGACAAGCCUGAGAGAGGCCAAAACGACUUCAAGACAAGCAACAGCCAGCAAAGCUCCUCCCGCGCGCGCUUGCUCUCGGUUACGCUGCCCGGCGCCCGUGUUCUUCUGCCACUGUCCAGCGCUGGGAUGGCAGCCGCCCGCCUCCGGGAUCCACUGUGCGAAGCCCUCUGCUUGCAACUGCUGCUGACCCUCUUGGUCUUCAGUUUUGCUGGUGAAGCCUGCAAAAAGGUGAUAUUUAAAGUACCUUCUAAGAUAGAGGCAGACAAAAUUAUUGGCAGAGUUGAUUUGAAAGAGUGCCUUAGGUCUGCAGACUCCAUCCAGUCAAGUGAUCCUGAUGUCAGAGUUCUUGAUGAUGGGUCAGUGUACACAGCAAGUGCCAUUGUGUUGUCUAAUGAGAAAAGAUCAUUCACCAUAGGACUUUCUGACAGGAAGACACAGACCCAGAAAGAGAUCGAUGUGCUUCUGGAACACCAGAAAAAGGUGUUGAAGAAAAGAAACACUAAAGAAACUGUUCUCAGGAGAGCCAAGAGGAGAUGGGCACCUAUUCCUUGUUCAAUGCAAGAGAAUUCUCUGGGCCCCUUCCCUUUGCUUCUUCAACAAGUUCAGUCUGAUGCAGCACAGAACUAUACCAUCUUCUACUCAAUAAGUGGGCGUGGAGUUGACCAAGAACCUUUAAACUUGUUUUUCAUAGAAAGAGACACUGGAAAUCUGUAUUGCACGCGGCCCGUGGAUCGUGAGGAAUAUGAUGUUUUUGAUCUGAUUGCCUAUGCAUCGACUGCAGAUGGGUAUUCAGCAGAUUUACCUCUUCCACUGCCCAUCAAAGUGGAGGAUGAAAAUGACAACCACCCAAUUUUCACAGAAGCAAUUUAUAAUUUUGAAGUUCCAGAAAGCAGUAGACUUGGUACUACAGUGGGAGUGGUUUGUGCGACAGACAGAGAUGAACCCGACACAAUGCACACACGUCUGAAGUACAGCAUUUUGGAGCAGAAACCGAGGUCACCUGGGCUCUUCUCUGUGCAUCCCAGCUCAGGUGUGAUCACCACAGUUUCUCACUACAUGGACAGAGAGGUUGUAGACAAGUAUACAUUGAUAAUGAAAGUCCAAGACAUGGAUGGUCAAUUUUUUGGAUUGAUCAGCACAUCAACGUGUAUCAUAACAGUAAAAGAUUCAAAUGACAAUGCACCUACUUUCAGACAAAAUGCUUAUGAAGCAUCAAUAGAUGAAAAUGCCUAUAAUGUGGAAAUCUUACGAAUACCCAUAGAAGAUAAGGAUUUAAUUAAUACUGAAAAUUGGAGGGCUAAUUUUACCAUUUUAAAGGGAAAUGAAAAUGGUUACUUCAAAAUCAGCACAGACAAAGCAACUAAUGAAGGUGUCCUUUGUGUUGUAAAGCCACUGAAUUAUGAAGAAAACCAUCAAGUGAUCUUAGAAAUUGGAGUAAACAAUGAAGCUCCGUUUACUAGAGAUGUUGCAACCAGAGUGCCAACCAUGAAUCGAGCUUUGGUUACAGUUCAUGUGAAGGAUCAGGAUGAAGGACCUGAAUGCAGCCCUGCAGCUCAGUAUGUGCGGAUUAAAGAAAACUCAGCAGUGGGGUUAAAGGUCAAUGGCUACAAGGCAUUUGACCCUGAAACGAAAAACAGCAAUGGCUUAAGAUACAAAAAAUUGCAUGAUCCUAAAGAGUGGAUCAGCAUUGAUGAAAUAUCAGGGUUAAUAACAGUUUCAAAAGUCCUGGACAGAGAAGUUAUGACUCCCAGAAAUGAUGUAUAUAAUGUUACAGUCCUGGCAAUAGAUCAAGAUGGCAGAUCAUGUACUGGAACUCUCGCAGUGAACAUUGAAGAUGUGAAUGACAAUGCACCAGCAUUACUUCAAGAUUACAUCGUGCUUUGCAAACCAAAGAUGGCAUACACUGACAUUUCAGCCAUCGAUCCUGAUGAACCUGUCCAUGGAGCUCCGUUUCAUUUCAGUUUGGCAAAUACCUCUCCAGAAAUCAAUAGAAUAUGGACCAUCAACAGAGUUAAUGAUACAGCUGCCCGUCUGUCAUACCGGAAAAAUGCUGAACUUCAAGAAUAUAUCAUUCCUAUUACUGUAAAAGACAGAGCGGGACAAUCUGCAACCAGAAACUUGCGAGUUGAUCUCUGUGACUGUACUCACCCGAGUCAGUGUGCCUCGACUUCAAGGAGUGCAGGAGUCUCACUUGGAAAAUGGGCCAUCCUUGCGAUAUUACUGGGCAUAGCACUACUGUUCUCUGUAUUGCUGACUUUAGUAUGUGGAGUUGUUAGUGCCAGAAAAGGGAAAAGUUUCCCUGAAGAUUUAGCACAGCAGAACUUAAUUAUAUCGAACACAGAAGCACCAGGAGAUGAUAGAGUGUGUUCUGCUAAUGGAUUCACAACCCAGACUGCCAACAACUCCAGCCACGGCUUUUGUGGCACCUUGGGAUCAGGAGUCAGAAAUGGAGGGCAGGAGACCAUUGAAAUGGUGAAAGGACACCAGACCCUGGACUCCUGCCGGGGGGCCGGGCAUCAUCACACGCUGGACUCCUGCAGGGGAGGACACGUCGAGGUGGACAACUGCAGAUACACUUACUCGGAGUGGCAUAGUUUCACUCAGCCCCGACUUGGAGAAAAAUUGCAUGUGUGCAAUCAGAAUGAAGACCACAUGCCAUCACAAGACUAUGUCCUCACAUACAACUACGAAGGAAGGGGAUCUCCAGCUGGUUCUGUGGGUUGCUGCAGCGAAAAACAGGAAGAAGAUGGACUUGACUUUUUAAAUAAUUUGGAACCCAAAUUUCUUACAUUAGCAGAAGCGUGCACAAAGAGAUAAUGUCACAGUGCUACAAGUAGACAUGUCCUUGGGAGGCAUUCUGGAUGUUUCAAAAUUAUAUACAGAUGGUCCUUGACUUACCAAUGGUCUGGCUUCCAAUUGUUUGACUAUAUGAUAAUCUGAAAGCGGUACACAUUCACGGGAAACUGUACUUUGAAAUUUGAAUUUGACCUUUUCCCAGGCUGGUAAUACACUGAUUGACACCCUUGUAAUGCUGUGCAGCAGCAAUGAGCCUCAGCUCCCAGUCAGUCGGGCAAUCAGGAGGGAAAAGAACUGAUGCUCCACAGGGUGUUGUGUUGCUAAGCUACGGUGUUUGGUAAAUUAGGUGUAUCAAAUGCGUUUUUAGCUUAAUAACAUUUUCAGCUUAUGACAGUUUUAUUGGAACAAAAUUCCAUCAUAAGUAGAGGAUCAUCUGUAUAUAUAAUGUAUUUUUUUUUAGAUUUUGAAUUAUACUACUUACCAAGUUUGUAUUUUAGAAGCAAUUUGUUACUUCUCUUUUCCAAGAAAUACAAAAUGAUAAAAUAGACACCUAGCAAAUCUCAUGCUGUAGUGUUGGAAUUAUAGUCUAUAAAGGAUCUACUCUCUAAAGAUAUUUUCUUAAAAAUAUGUUGGGUAAAAAUUAGUUCAGAAAUAGUGAAGCUAUGCCAAUAUCACGUCACUAUAUUCUUGCAUCAAAUAAAAGGCUAAAAGAUAGACAAGAAAUGUUAAAUAUGAAGAAAGUUUUGUGAAAGAAUAAGAGUAAAUUAAAUUAAAAAUUGUGUUGCUCUGAAGAACUGAGAUCAAUCCUCUCCCCAAUCCCACUAUCAAUUUCCUCAUUUGACCUUGGAGGCAAAAUUUGUUGAACUAGCCUAAUUGAAUGGCAAUAGUCUAUAAGAAUAUAGUUUGAAAUUAACAUGUAUGGGUAUGAAAUUAUUAAUCAAUGAAACAUUAAAAAUUAAAUGAAAACAAAAAAGAAAAUGAUGACAACUUAAAAUGAGGCUGGGAUGUGGUUUGUUCCUUAAUUACAAUCUAAGGUUUAAAAAAACAGAGUUUCUUAUGCCUAGUUCUUGCAUACUAUGUGUAUCAGGAUAGAGUUUAUGUCCAUGUGUGUAAUUUGUUUAAACUUGUAAGCAAAUUACACUUCUCCGGAUUCAAUAGAAAGAAAAGAGGGAACCAAGUGAAACAGUAGGUUUGUUUUGCAGUCUUACAAUUUCUGCAUCCACAAAUUAGUAGCAGACAAGGAAAUACCCACCAUAGUCAGGACUCCCUGCUUUCUGGUGGAAGGUUCCAGAAUAGGUAUUUUUCCUGGGACUUAAUACUAAAACCAUUUUUUUAACUUCAUCUCUGCUGAAAUUAAAUCUGUUAUCACCAUUUUUUUCUCUCUGUCCUAUCUAUGAAUAUCUUUUUUUAUUUAGAACCAAGUAGCCAUGUCUUCUAAGUCACAGUUUAGUGGCUACGUGGAGCCGGGAGGCAAAUCCUCCUGAGACCAUCCAGUUGGGAGUGAGUAUCUGUUAACUCAAGCCCACAGACUGUUCAUCAUUCAUGCUGUGUCCUAAUCAGAAACAGAGAACUACAACAUGUUUUCCCGACUCACCAUCCUGUUAUAAAGUGGCACUGGCUUGAUUCAAGAAAAUCCAGGCUUUGAGAGAUAUCUUCUUUUAAUUCUCUGCCAUCACUGUCUCCCAAACCUCCAGGAGACAUUCACUUAAGUGCCCAAUACUCCAGAUUUUCAAUCAUCCUUCAGUGUGAAUUGUGGUUUUUGUAAUCAGUUUGCUGCGUAACAAGAAAUUUUACAUAGAAGAAAUAGGAAUUUCGAAUGCAUGAAAGAGAGAUUGAGUUGUCCUUCGAGAACACAGUGGAGGGCAGGUCCAAGAGAUCAUUUUGGGAAAGCCCAGACCAAGUAGGGUAUUUGGAAAGUCAGUGAGCAGUAGGCCUUUAAGGUCAAGGAGAGGCACCAGCUAAGGCUGGAAGUGGUAGUGAGGGUUGCGUGAUCUGCCUCAGACACUUUUUUGUGCCUAGUCUUGUCUUUUCCUUCCCUUCUGAAGUCAGUGCAGCUGCCAUUUGCUUGUGGAGCAUGGUCUGCCAACCCCUUCUUCGUGUCUCUCCUUGUUUGGAUGUGGUAUAGGGGAGAGGGUGGACUGCGUGUUGAGUCUGAGGCAUUCAGGAUGGGUCUGAACUGGUUGUGGAGAACAAAGCAGGCAUUCAUGAGGAAGGCUUGAUUCUCCCUGCAGCCCUCUGGCACAAAGAGGUCUUCCCCUAAAAGUGUAUCUGAACUUCUGAUUUGAUUUUCCAUUUUCUGUUUUCUCAUUUACCACUGAAAUCUAGGGGUUUUUAAGACUUAGAUUUUUGAUACAGUCAUUUUCCAAAGCUUCUAAUUUUAAUGUAAUCAUUUUAACAUGUAGAAUUCUUCUUUUCUUCUAUGUGUAAGGUGAAAAUUAUGCUAUUUUCAUGUGUAAGGAAAUAAUUUUUUUUAAAAAAAAUUUCCAUUUUUUUCCUUGGGUGUUUUAAAAUGUAAAUACACAGUUUUUUUUUUUUCUUCUUACAUUUAUAAGGAAACAGUUAACUGUCUAAAGUGCAAUGGGGUUUAUUUUGCAAUGUCUUAAAUAGAGCUUUAAUUUUGUCAUUAAAAGAAGUACUUUGCUUUAAAGAAACUUGGCAGGCUAAAAUAAGCAAAGAUUGGAUGUGUGAAUAGUAUUUACAGACAUACAAUGUAAUAAAACAGUGCUAACAUGG